UGCACGCGGAAAAUUAAUUUUCCAUUCAGUGUCUUUGCUUUGUUUUCCGUCUUCUUUCUGGGUGGGUGGCGCAGGAAUUUAUAAGCCCGUUGCACAGCAACAAGGCAACAACCCCGGCAUUUCUGCGGAAUUUUAAUAGGCAUUUACUUACUGCAAGAUAUCGGGUCUGUAUUUCAAUAAGCUUUUUUCUAGGACGCUAAAUUCUACAAUGUAUCGCUGAAUGUAUCAAAACAAGUAUCAAAAAUAGCAAAAACUUGAUUCAAAUUAAACAAAGGAAACAUUGUGACAAGUUAAUAUUGUUUAUUCAAUGUUUAUUACAAAUUCAUCGUCAAAAUUGAAAUAAAUUGACAUGCAAAUCAGGUAGAAUUUGUAGGACUGAAAGGCGCAGCGAAUUGCUGCUGAAAGGCGCAGCGAAAUGGACCUUUUUGGAGCAGAGGAAGAGUGCGAGCUCAGAAUAGACUCAGCUCCCCGGCUUCGCUGCAGAAGCGGCGUGCCGGGGGUCCGGGUGUGUCGGUGUCGGCUCUGCAUCCUCGGGUCCAGACUCUCCCGCACAGCCGAAUGGUUUCUGCGGGCCGGAGACGCGCCGAAGAGUCGCUUUCUCACUGGUUUACUACUUCGCUGUCAGAGCCUGGACAUUCUGCGAAGCGUCGAACAGCUGUUACAGGUAACUCUGGGCAAAGACUUUACCUAUGCCAGGUGUCAGCAAAGGCCGGCUCUGCCGGGGGAUCUAGACGCUUGGAGUUCGGACCGAAGCGAAGUACUCAACGGGGAAAUCACGGAAACCUGGAAGUGGUUCAGCUGCAGCUCAAACUGGACCAAAGCGAAUUACGUUUUGGGAGUUUUGCCUCUCUGCAAUGUCAGUCUUCUUCACGUUCUGGGAAAUCUUUCUCGGAGGCUUCUGGCAGGGGAAAGUCGAGCUUUUCUCCAUCAUAACGUAAUUGUAGAUGACCUCGAGGCCCACGCUACUUCCAUCCCAGAAUCACAUUAUUCCUUCUACUCGGAUGAACACCGAGAGCUUGACCUACUCAUCAGCGCCAGUUCCAACUUUGGACCACUGGAGGAUGCCUGGUACCUGGAGCAGCAAAUAGAUCUUGCACCAGAUCCUGCAGGGAGCGAUGCCCUGACGGAGGCGUCCCAGUCAGUCUCGGCGGUUCGGGUGCGUGACAGGAGCUGGGAUGGCGAUGGGAACUCUCUGUAUUCCCAAGACACCGCUCUCACGGCGUUCCUCAGGGCCUCGGAGCUGCUGUCUGCAGUCAAUCGCUACACGGAUUUUAUCCGUCGGCUGCCGGUGCACCUGGCCAAAAGGAUUUUAGGGCCCAAUCCAGUCUAUGCCAGAAUUCGGGAGGUACUGGUUCCCAUCAGGGAGGAGGAAGAGCACCUGCAGACCAGAGAGUGUGUUUCCAGCACCAGGAGGGGUACAGCCUUUGAGUCGGUCUAUGCUGGGGUUGUGACCAGGGCACUGCAGAUGGAGGAGCGGAACGUCUACUGUGGCGUGUUCAGGGUCACCGUGCUGUCUGAGCAGUCAGGGGACGACCCACUGCGGGUGGUGCAUUUCUGUGGAGGGAACCUGGUGGCCACGGGUUCGAGGGACAAGGCGGUGCGGCUGUUGGACACGAAGACAGUGAAGCCAGUGAGGCUCCCCCUGCUGGGCCACACGGGGAGUGUCCGCGUUGUGCUGCUGAGUGAGGAGCAGGGACUCGUCCUCAGUGCAGGCUGCGACCUCACGAUCAGGUGCUGGAGCCUGCAGACUGGGCUGUGCAUGAAGGUGUACUUUGGUCACACUGGUGCCGUGAACUGCCUGGAUCUGCAAGAAAACCUGCUGGUUUCCGGAGCCAAGGACUGCAAGGUGAAAGUGUGGAACCUUCACACUGGAAAGUGCUACAAAAAGCUGAAGUUCCACCAUGACAAGCCCAUCCUGUGCGUGAAGAUCCAAAAGAACCUGGUGCUGAGUGGCUGUGAUCAGGGUCUGCUGAAGGUGGGGGACCUGGAGACGGCCACGCUCCUCCGGGCCAUCGCCGCCCACGAGGGCCCCGUCAGCUGCCUCUUCUGCGAUCCGUGGCACAUCCUCUCUGGGGGUGGCGACGGACUGGUGAGGGCCUGGAGCACCAGCUGCGGGUUCGAGGGCAGCCUGAUGACCUUCCGGCAUCCUGCGGAGGUGCUGACCCUGGCAUUCCUCUUCCUGCGCGUGAUCACUGGCUGCGGCGACGGCAAGAUCCGCAUCUUCAGCUUCCUGUCGGGGCAGUGCCUGAGGGUAAUCAGGGCUGGCAGCCAGCAGAUCCCAGUGCGCUCCCUGCAUGCGCACCCGAACAAGAUCGUUGUGAACACCAGCGCCACCUUGGUGCUGCUGAGGUUCAGUGCGGUCCACUGGGACUACACUGCAGCAGAGAACCUGCCUGAUGUUCCGCUGGCAUCCUGGAGGCCCGCUGUAGAGGAGGAUCCACGCACCUUGGGGAGCUCUUUCCGCCGCACCCUCCCCUGUGAGGGUAGGAAUGCGGCCAGAAGGGCGGCGCCACCUGCUGCGAGAGCUCGGCAGGUGCCAGGAGACAUAUUUAGGGUCCAGACGGAGUCCCCCAGUGAUGCCAGGAGAGAGCAUUGGGCCUAUUGCCUCACCAGGACCCGCCCCCACCUGCUGAUCAGGAGGCUGUGGGGUGGAUCGGGGUCAGGCAGGCCUGCGGGGGGCAGCCUCUCAAGGGACGCUGACACUGCUGGAUCUGCAAAGAAGUGGUACAGGCCAGUGAGGAGUGUCCCGUCUGGUGGUAAGAGGGCUGUCCUACAGACGGCAAAGAUCUCCCAGCAUGCUCAGCGGCCCGAGCCACAGCCCCGAAACAUGGACAUGUGGGACAUGUGGGAAUCCCCACCCAGUGCCGCCAGGAAGGACGCCGUGGCCAAAUCCUCAUCGCCACAGAAACUGUGCUUACCAGCGCCCCCUGCAGGGAGGGGGUGUGAGGUUGAGCUGCCCAACACUGGUAUGAGCCAGACCGAAAUCCUGCUGCUCACCUGGACCCAGAUCCCCAAACACAGCGGUGCAUCUACUCUGCUACCCCCCACCCCAAGGAAGGUGGGGGGGGGGCUUCCCCACCGGCACCACGCCGCACGCCAUGUCCCUCCGUCCCCCCCCAACCGCCCCAGCACACAUGGAGCAGGCAGCCCAGCCCCCACGUGGGGUUCCAGCUGCCUGACGGCACGGAGCCCCCACCCCAGCGUGGUCCCGCCCACCGGACCCCUUCCGGCCCCUUCCGCCUACCCACCACCACACAACUGGAGGAGGAGCAGUGGCUGUGGGUGCGAGCCCAGCGGGAGCAGGAGGUCCUCUGGACGAGGCGGGGCAAUGCACAGUGGUGGUGAGCCUGACCAGUGAGGGCGAGGGGCCCCCCAUCCAUCCCGAGCAUGCGGGAGGCGAACCGGGCCGCGUGGCCUGUGUCUGAGAGGGGAGGGCUGAGGAGCCGUGUAUGUGUGUGUAUGUGUCUGUGUGUGUGUCUGUGUGUGUGUCUGUGUGUGUCUGUGUGUGCAUUUUUGUAACUAUUAUGCAGUGGGGACCAAAUUUCUCCACAAUAUGACAAAAACCUGUAACUUUUUACCUUGGGGACAUUUUUUAUAACCUCAUUUUUAUAAAAAUCCGUGACUGCAAUCAAAAAACCAAAAAUGCCAAAAGGCUUUUGUUUGGUUAUUUGGUUACGGUCAGGGCUGGGUAGGAGUUAAGGUGUCAUUGUUGGGAUUUGGGUUUUUCCCUAGAAAUGAAUAGACGGUCCCCACAGAUAUGAAUACAAACAGGUGUGUGUGCAUCAUGUAAAUAAACCACCUUUAUUUUCUCAA